AUGCGGCCGCUGCUGACACAGCUGCUGGCAAUACCUCCAGCGCUGCUGCUAGAAGCGGCAGGCGACAGGCGGCUCGCCGCCGCCGCUGCCGGCGGCGUCAGCGACGGGCCUGUGGCAUGGCUGCUGGAGGGCUCGCAGCACCCGCCGUCUGUAUACAUCGUCCUAAGCCUGGGAGUCUUCCUGGGCAAUGUCGCGAUGGGCGUGACGGGCUUUGGCACGGCCAUCCUGCACCUCAGCUGCUGGGCGACCGCCAAUGCGUUUGGCGUGUACGCAGGAAGCCUGAAGCUGGCCGUAAUAUCAUGCAGCUGCGCCAUGACUGUCGGCAUGAUACCCCUGGUCUUCCUGGCAGACGCCAGGCAGCACGCCAUACGGCCCCUGGCCCUGUCCAUUCCGCUCGCGAAGGCGGUCGGCGCACCCAUGGGGGCGCUGCUCCUGAAGCUGGUGCCCCCCCGCCCCCUGGAGGGCCUGGUGGCGGCCCUGAUGCUCGUCAUGAUGGCAAUCAUCAACCGCCGACAGCUGCGCGCGGUCGGCUUCCGUUCCUGGGCGGCGCUGCGCGGCGGGCGCGCCGACGCCUGGGCCUACGAGGGCGGAGGGAUGGCGUGCGCACCCGGCGGCUGCGGCGGGGAUGGCGACGAUGCGGGCAGCAAGGACGGCGAUGAGCUCGUACCCCUGGUCGCGGCGCAGCGCCACAGGAGCGACGGCGUUAGUGGCGGCAGCGGAGGCAGCGGCGGCGGUGGCGGGGCGGGCGAGCAGUACGGGCAGCAGGCGUGCCUCGCCGCAGCGCGCGACGGCGCCGCGGCGGUCGAUGCAGAGGGCUCGGCUGGGGUGGUGCCGCCAGCAGCUGGGCCGCAUGCAACCGUGGGUGUGGGCGCUCAGUCAUCAACGGCAGGGGCACCACAGGCAACCCAAUCGGUGGCGAGUGGGCCUUCCACUGAGUACGCAGGGCGCUUCUGGACUCUUUUUGCGGCUGGCACUGCUGCAGGCUUCAGCUCCGGCCUGCUUGGGGGCGCGACAGGCGUCAACGGCCCCCCCCUGAUGGUCCUCUACAGCUGGCUGGGCGCCGCCAAGGAGGCCGUCCGCGGCACGUCAGCCGUGGUGGCCCUGGUUCAGGACCAGUGGGUGGGCUACUGGGCCCUCGGCCUGCUGAGCUGGGCAGACGCGCCCGUGUACCUCGCCGCCUCGGCCGCCGGCGGCCUGGGCAUGGCGGCCGGCCACGCGGCGCAGCGGCUGAUGGACCAGCGGCAGUUCUCGGCGGUCAUGACGGCCCUUAUGGUGCUCUGCUUCGUGCUGAUGACAUCAUCGGCGGCGGGGUGGAUCCAGCUGGUGGAUGCAGGCGGUGCAGCUUAG